AUGUCGCGCGCAUGUUGGUUGCUGCCUCAACUGGCUGAGGUUGCACAGGUGGCUGGUCUGCUGACUGACAACUUUGCCUUGAAGAGGAUGUAUGUCGCUUCGGAGGCCCUGAACCUGGUACUGGCAGUGGCAAUGUUUGCUUGCGGGCAACAUCACAGCAGAAUGCUCUUCGCACUGAAUGUAGGUCUGGGCCUCCUUUUUGCCUUCUCCCAACCUGUGACCAAGUCGAUGCCUCCCGCUGUGGCGGAUUCACGAGAGGACUUGGCUAUCAUCAACGGAUGGGACCUGACCUGCGACAAGAUUGGUCGCUACUUGGCGCCUUUUGCGUACGCGGUGGUUUCUUCCAGUUAUGGAUUCAAAGUUGCGGUCUUCCUUAGUUGCUUGCUCUAUUCCCUACUGGCGGUGCUUCGCACCCUCGUCAGGGUGGAGGAGCCGCCGUCUCGCAAACAAGCGACCAAUGGCGAGUCACGACCUACUGUGGGUCAAAAGCUUCGAGGUCUUCUGCAGCAGAUAGUGGAUGGAGUGACCUCGCUGAAGCGAGAUCGAGUCCUCCAAUUGCUGAUCAUCAACACCUUGGUGCCUUGGUGGCUUCGGCGGGUUGGAGGGUUGGCCGAUGGAGAGAUCAGCAGGGUGGCGGAGCGCGCCGACCAGCUUGACUUGAGCGUGUUUGACUACAUGCUGCAGAGGGUGAUGUUCGCGCUGGACAUCAAGAAGAAAGACAUGUGGAGAAACUACAAUGCUUUGGUUUCCCUCGGCGGCGUUGCAGGACCUUUCCUGUCCAACGCCUUGAUUUACAUGCUGGAGGCCUACUCGACGAACCACAAAGCUUGUCAACUGUGGGUCGGUGUCAACUUUGGCAUCACUUCACAGAUUGCCACCAUGGCAUUGCUGGCCGUGGUGGUGAUGCUCAGCGGCAACCUGGGUGCUGGCUCAUUAGUAUUCAAUUUAGUUGGUGCGUGGAUCUUGAUGAUUGCUGUGAACAACAUUGUCACAACUUACUUCAACUCGAUCUCGCAAGAACGGCUUCAGCACAAAGAGCGAGGCCGAUUUAUUGCCAACAUCAUGACAAUUUUCAAUCUGGGCAGCAUUUGUGGAAGUUUGUUGUUUGGCUGGGUCCUAUCUGCCUAUGACAACAGCGUGACGGGAUCUGUGAGCCUAUUGAUUUGUGGCCUGGUCAUCAAGAGCGUUUUACUCGUUCUGCUUCGAAAGGAAGGAAACGGAACCUUUGCAGGUGAGAGUUUUUGCUUUGUCUCUCUGGCUCGGCUCAAGUGGAACAGAUUUUUUGUUUGCGAAGCUCCCGGACUGCUCUACCAAUGGCAACCAGUGAGGAUGCCAAGCGGAAACGGGAGGAUGAAGCUGAAGUCGAAGCUAAGAAGCUGUGCACAUCGUGCCUGGGCGAUGGUGAUCGAGUAG